AUGGCACAAGUUCCCAAUACCGUUGACUACAUUGUUGUUGGAGGAGGCACAGCAGGCAAUGUAGUCGCCGUGCGUCUGGCUGAGCAAGGCAAUUCUGUAUUGGUUUUGGAAGCGGGGAAGGAUGCUUCUACUGAAACUGAAGUCAGGACGCCAGGAUUGGGAAUGCUCAACAUGAGGAAUCCUGAACGGAACUGGAACAUCUUAUCGUCGCCGCAAAAAGCUUUAAAUGGAAGACAGAUCUCCCUUCCACGGUCAGACAACUCAUUCGUUCAAGUCCAUAACUUGCGUUCUGAUUCGGGCUCAAACACAGCGGGAAAGUCCUCGGAGGGUGUAGUAGUGUGA